GGGGGCGCCCGCAGUGGCACUGGGCUGGCGGGGUCGCGCGUUGCGCCAGGGUCUGCAAUCGAUCUCUGCCAGGGACGCGGGCGGCUGGGUCCGGCCGGAGGACGCGAGCGGCCCGCCGGGCAUCUCCUGUCUCGCUCCCCACCCCCUCCCCCCGGCAGGGGGAGGCGGCGUGUCCGGCGGAGGGUUGCGGGGCGCGGGGCCGGGCUGGAGCGCCAUGAGCAGCCCGGAUGCGGGGUACGCCAGUGACGAGCAGAGCCAGCCCCGGAGCGCGCUGCCCGCCGUGAUGGCCGGCCUGGGUCCCUGUCCCUGGGCCGAGUCGCUGAGUCCUCUCGGGGACAUGAAGAUGAAGGGCGAGGCGGCGGCGAGCGGCGGGGCGCCGGCCGGGCCGGCGGGCCGAGCGAAGGGCGAGUCUCGCAUCCGGCGGCCGAUGAACGCCUUCAUGGUGUGGGCGAAGGACGAGCGCAAGCGCCUGGCGCAGCAGAACCCAGAUCUGCACAACGCCGAGUUGAGCAAGAUGCUGGGCAAGUCGUGGAAGGCGCUAACGCUGGCGGAGAAGCGGCCGUUCGUGGAGGAGGCCGAGCGGCUGCGCGUCCAGCACAUGCAGGACCAUCCCAACUACAAGUACCGGCCGCGGCGGCGCAAGCAGGUGAAGCGGCUGAAGCGGGUGGAGGGCGGCUUCCUGCAUGGCCUGGCCGAGCCGCCGGCGGCCGCGCUGGGCCCCGAGGGCGGCCGCGUGGCCAUGGACGGCCUGGGCCUGCCCUUCCCGGAGCAGGGCUUCCCCGCGGGCCCGCCGCUGCUGCCCCCGCACCUGGGCGGCCACUACCGCGACUGCCCGGGCCUGGGCGCGCCCCAGCUCGACGGCUACCCUCUGCCCACGCCCGACACGUCCCCGCUGGACGGCGUGGAACCCGACCCGGCCUUCUUUGCCGCGCCGCUGCCCGCGGACUGUCCGGCCCCUGGGCCCUACAGCUACGCCCCGGCCGCGGACUACGCUGGGCCCCCGGAGCCACCCGGCGCGGGGCCCCUGCACCCGCGGCUGGGCCCGGAGACUGCGGGCCCCGCGAUGCCGGGCCUCCUCGCGCCCCCCAGCGCCCUGCACAUGUACUACGGCCCCGUGGGCUCCCCGGCGGCGGCGGCAGGAGGCGGGGGACGCGGCUUCCAGAUGCCGCCGCAGCCGCCCCCGCCCGGCCCGGGGCAGCCGUCGCCCCCGCCAGAGGCCCUACACUGCCGGGACAGCGCAGAACCGGGCGCUCCAGCCGAGCUACUCGGGGAGGUGGAGCGCACAGAGUUCGAACAGUACCUGCACUUCGUGUGCAAGCCGGAGAUGGGGCUCCCCUACCCAGGACACGACGCCGGCGUGACCCUGCCCGACGGCCACGGGGCCCUGUCCUCGGUGGUGUCCGAUGCCAGCUCCGCGGUGUAUUACUGCAACUAUCCCGACGUGUGAGCCGUCUCCGCCCGCCGGGCCUGCGGCCAAAAGCGCGCACAGUGUUACACACCUCCCCAAGGAUCGAGGGACACUCAGCCUCGCGUCGAAUUGUGUUGUUUUUAAGUUGCCUUGGCGUGUAAUUUAUGGUAAUUUAUUUUGUCUGCCACUUGAACACUUGAGGGGGGUGGGGAAUAAAACGGGGCAGGUGGUGUCUGAAGAUCGGUUCAGACCCUUGUUUCCCACAGUGGCCCUUGUCAAAACCCCAUUUCCAAGUUCAAGUUCAUAAGUUCAAGUUCACUAGUGGGUCCGGGAACAACUCGCUCCGUUUUUCAAAGCUUUAUUAAUCAACGAAAUUUUUAUCCCGGGUGUUUUUUUUUUCAAUCUUUAAAAAUAAAAUAAAAUCUGGAAUUCUCUGUCACAAAGGCUAGUUUUUGAGAUCCCUGUUAAAGUAACUAUAACACUAAACAUAUAGUCACAGUGAAUUUCUCAUUCUCUUGUAAUAGUAGACCUGAAUGACUUGAAGGGGAAGCCCUCAAACAUUUGGGCAUCCCUAGUUGAUUUUGCUAGGGGAAAGGAAACUCACAGAAUGAGCCUAACUUAUGCAUUUCAGGUGACCCUAGUUUCUACAUAGUAAUGGUUAAUCAUAAUUCUCUUAACUAUUUUCAGUUUUGGUAUAUCACUUUCAAACUCAGGAGAGUAUCCAGGUAACUUUGGUUGUAUCUUGAGACCUGCAUAAAGAGGCUUUUGGAUAAAUUUUUUUCUUUUCUGCAUUUCACCAUGAGUCGUUAAAACUCCCUCUCAAUACUGAAAUCGCCAGUUAUCACAGGUCUACACCUUGGAAAGCAGUGUUGCUGGGUUAAAACUAAUUGGAAAGAGUCAUAGGAACUAAUCAAAAUAAAAUGUGCAUUGUGACCUCAACUGUUA